UGUAGGUGAAAAUCCCCUUCCUGUUGUUGACUUCUCGAACGAAAAUAUGAAGCCUGGCACUGAUACAUGGGUUGCAGCAUGUGAAAUGGUGCGGAGAGGAUUUGAGGAUCACGGUUGUUUCCUAGCACACUUCGACAAGGUUGCUCCAAACCUUAUAAACUCCGUUUUCUGUGCAAUGGAACAACUCUUUGAUCUUCCACUGCAAACCAAAAGGAGAAAAACCAGUGACAAACCCAACCAUGGCUACACUGGACAAGUACCCACCUCCCCUCUUUUCGAAUCCUUUGCCAUUCAUAAUCCAUCCAACCGUAAACAUUGUCAAAACUUCUCAAACAUUAUGUGGCCAACAGGAAAUCAUCAUUUGUGUGAAAGUGUGAACGAGUAUGCCAAGUUAUUACAAGAGCUGGACCGAACGGUGAAGAGAGUGGUGUUUGAUAGCUAUGGCCUGGACAAGGUGAAAUGCGAGUCGUUCCUGGAAUCAACCGAUUAUAGUUUUCGCAGCUACAAAUACAAGAUACCUGCGAUGGAUGAGAGCAACGUGGGAGUGAAUUCUCAUACGGAUUCAACAUUUAUAACCAUAUUGCAUCAGAGGGUAGAUGGAUUGGAAGUUAAAUUGAAAGAUGGAGAAUGGUCUGCUAUUCAUGCCUCACCUUUGUUUUGUGUCUUGGCUGGUGAUGCAUUUAUGGUGUGGAGUAGUGAAAGGAUUCGAGCUUGUGAACACCGUGUGAUUCUGAGAUCAAACGUAACAAGGUACUCCUUGGGGUUACUUUCGUACAGUGCUGAGAUUGUGCAGACAUUAGAGGAUUUAGUCGAUGAGGAACAUCCAAUACGGUAUAAGCCAUUCGACCAUUAUUCCUAUGUUGGUUUUCGUUUCACAGAUGAAGCCGUAAAAUGUACAAGUCGUAUCAAAGCUUAUUGUGGUAUUUAAUUUCAUGCAAUCUAUGUAUCUUAAUUACGAGGGAGUUCAAGACC